AGUAAUGUCGGCUAGCGGCUAGGUGUUACGGUUUAACGAGUGACCGUGUUCACUGUGGCGACCGUUAGAGCCGAAUACAUCCGUGGUUGACGUAGCGACAAUAGGUGUUGAUAAGAGGAAGACAACAAAUGUCAAAACAUCCCUGAUUAGCUUCUAGUGUCUCAGUUUGACAGCGGGAGUAUUGUCUUUUUUUGUUUCAACAGCUACGACAACUGUCUCCAGUUAACACGGUCACUCGUUAAACCGAAACACCUCUCGUCCAUGUCCCGUCCCGUCUCGCGACACACAAGCGCUCGGGUGGCGGUUUGUUUUGGUGCGUGAGCAGGAAGCUAACCGCUAAUAAUAAUAAUAUUAUUAUUAUUUUAAUGAAUUCAAGGUGAAUUAAAAUGAUCCACGAGCUGUUGCUGGCGUUGAGCGGAUACCCGGGCACGAUCUUCACCUGGAACAAACGAACAGGGUUGCAGGUGUCCCAGGAUCUGCCUUUCCUUCACCCCAGUGAGACCAGUGUCUUAAACCGGCUCUCCAAGCUGGGCUCAGAUUACAUACGCUUCACAGAGUUCAUAGAACAACACACCGGCCACGUGCAUCAGCAAGAGCAUCACACAAACCAGCCCAACCAGACAGGACUUCAUGGGAUUUACUUGCGGGCUUUCUGCACAGGUCUGGACUCAGUGCUGCAGCCGUACAGACAGGCCCUGCUGGACCUCGAACAAGAGUUCCUCGGAGAUCCACAUCUGACAAUAUCUCAUGUGAAUUACAAGCUCGAUCAGUUCCAGUUGCUGUUUCCUUCUGUGAUGGUGGUGGUGGAGACUAUAAAAUCACAGAAGAUCCACGGCUGUCAGAUCCUGGAGACGGUGUACAAGCACAGCUGUGGGGGGCUUCCCCCUGUACGCAUGGCCUUAGAAAAGAUUCUCGCCGUGUGCCACGGCGUGAUGUACAAGCAGCUGGCAGCCUGGAUGCUGCAUGGAUUACUACUGGACCAAAGCGAGGAGUUUUUUGUGAAGCAGGGGCCGAGUGCUGGAGGAGCUGCUGCCAACCAGGAGGAGGAGGAGGAGGACCUGGGGCUGGGAGGUUUGAGCGGGAAACAGCUCAGAGAACUACAGGACCUGAGGCUGAUCGAGGAGGAGAACAUGUUGGCGCCGUCUCUGCAGCAGUUCUCCCUGCGGACAGAGAUGCUGCCCUCUUACAUUCCCAUCAGGGUGGCUGAGAAGAUCCUCUUCGUGGGAGAGUCCGUCCAGAUGUUUGAAAACCACAACCACAGCCCAUCUAGAGCCGGCUCAAUACUGAAGCACCAGGAGGACAUGUUCGCCGCCGAGCUGCACAGGCUCAAACAGCAGCCUCUGUUCAGCCUGGUGGACUUUGAAAAUCUGAUCGAUCGCAUUAGGAGCACAGUGGCAGAGCAUCUCUGGACGUUGAUGGUGGAGGAAUCAGAUCUGCUCGAGCAGCUCAAGAUUAUCAAGGACUUCUACUUGCUGGGUCGUGGCGAACUCUACCAGGUUUUUAUCGACCUUGCACAGCACAUGCUGAAGACGCCCCCAACAGCCGUCACCGAGCACGAUGUGAACGUGGCCUUUCAGCAGGCGGCUCACAAGGUGCUCCUGGACGACGACAACCUGCUGCCUCUGCUGCACCUCACUGUUGACUACCAGGGCAAAGACAGCAAAGAGGCGACAGGCCCCAGAGAUGGAGCCACUCCUCCACAAGACACCUCCCCUCGUGAGAUCCCUCCCACGGGUUGGGCGGCUCUCGGCCUCAUCUACAAGGUCCAGUGGCCGCUGCACAUCCUCUUCACUCCUGCUAUCUUGGAAAAGUACAACGUCGUGUUCAGGUACCUACUGAGUGUACGGCGGGUGCAGUCGCAGCUGCAGCACUGCUGGGCUCUACAGAUGCAGAGGAAACACCUCAAGUCCAGCCAGACAGACGCUGUGAAAUGGAGGCUACGCAACCACAUGGCCUUCCUGAUCGACAACCUGCAGUAUUACUUACAGGUGGAUGUGCUGGAGUCGCAGUUCUCUCAGCUGCUUCAGCAGAUCAACUCCACCCGAGACUUCGAGAGCAUCCGACUGGCCCACGACCAUUUCCUCAGCAACCUGCUCGCUCAGUCCUUCAUCCUCCUGAAGCCGGUGUUCCACUGCCUGAACGAGAUCCUCGAGCUGUGUCAUAACUUCUGCUCGCUGGUCAGUCAGAGCGUGGCGUCGCUGGACGAGAGGGGGACUGCUCAGCUGGACAUCCUGGUCAAGGGCUUCAGACGGCAGUCCUCCUUACUGUUUAAAAUCCUUUCGAGCGUGAGGAACCAUCAGAUCAACUCCGAUCUGGCUCAGCUGUUACUGCGACUGGACUACAACAAAUACUACACGCAGGCUGGAGGCACCCUGGGCAGUGUUUAAGACGAUCACAGUGGAUUCUCUGCUAACUCUCACACUGAACACGAGAAGCUCCCAUCAGUCUCGUCAUGUGACUGAACCAGAAUACUAAAGUUAAAAUGAUCUUUAAAGGGUUAGUCCACCAAAAUAAUCCGAUCAUUUUCCAUUUUCAUUUUGUUUGUGGCGCUUACAGACAAUAGUUUUUCCGACUCUUAAAACAGAUUUCAGGGGGACUGUUUCUUUGGCAGAAAGUUGAGUGUGGAUUGUGAACGGUAACCAGACAAAGCUAAAGUAAAGCUUGACUGAGCUUUACAGACUGAACCAUAAUU